AUGGAGUGGUACCAAGAGUGGGAGGGUGGGGUUUAUUAUACGGACUAUGAACUGGUAGUGGAGGGAAUGUUAGAACACUUCUCUAUUGCAACUAGGUACAAAGGGAAGUUUCCCACUUUAUUCCCAAAUUACUCAGUGUACAAUUACUCACUGCAAGCAACAACUAAAACCAGGACUAUUCAGAGUGCACUUUCGUUCAUGGAUGGGUUGCUGCAUGGUACUGGACCUCUUGAAUCAAGUCCUGAUAGACUUGACAUUGUCAUGAAGGGUUACAUGCCCCCUGGUAUGGUUAUCGAAAAGAAUGAUGAGGACAGAUUGUUGCGGUUCAUGGAUUGUUGUCCAAAAUAUGAAAAAUAUAUAAAAACACUGAAGUGGAAGGAUGAAUCAAAUCUUUUUGAUGAACUUCCUCUUUAUCAAUCUGUUGUGCAAUCAGUGUCGUCAGCAUUAAAGUAUGACGCAACUUUAAAUGACUCAAAAGCCCUGUAUUAUUUGUGUGCCGCAGAAAACAUGUCACCAACGCAGGCUGGACAUUCUCAGUUUUGCAGCGUGUUUGAUGAAGAAUCACUAGAUGUGCUUGACUAUAGUAAGGAUCUUGAAAAGUACCAUAAAUACAGCUACCCAUAUCCUACAACCUAUAAAAUGUCCUGUUUGCUUUUGAGUGACAUCAUCAAAGAAAUGGAAGGCAAUAAGAACACUCCAGUGCUUAAGUUUGCUCACGAAGAAACUGUUAUGCCACUGCUGUCGUUGUUAGGCUUGUUUGAUGAUGGUGAGAUUAUGACUCAUAAGAUGGUUGACUGGAAGAAUCGCAAGAUGAAGGUUUCAAGAGUCACACCUUUUGCUGGAAAUGUGGCUUUCGUGAGGCAAUCGUGCCCUGGAGAUGAUGAACCUCGAAUACAGGUAAUAGUUAACGAAAAGGAAGUAAAAGUCCCCCUUUGUAGCAGAGCCGGAUGCACUGUUGCUGACCUAAAAGAAAUCAUCAGCACCCGAGCAGAUGGUUGUAAUUACAACCUGAUAUGUAACAUAUCCCCAGACAAAUGGGACGACAAACACAGCACCCAACAGAUCAUAAUAGCGGUACUUCUCACUCUCUCACUCUGUCAAGCUACCUACAUCUUCUUUCACUGCAUUAAGAGGUGCCCACUGAACAGCAGGGAGGAUCAGACAGACUGCUCGGAUCAACAACCCUUGAUUGAGGAGGAAAGUGAUCAGGGGUAUGCUGACGAACCGGACAGUAAUUUAGUAACUACAGUCUUGGAUGACUAG